GGAAAGUUCAGUUGAUUUUAGAUUGUCGUACGGGUCACAGAUGAGCUGGCGAUAAAAAUACAAUACAAAAUUCCCAGUGUUAAGUUUAAAAAUAAGAAAUUUUUGUGUUACAAAGCUCAUUCACCAACUUAUUGAUAUUUGUUCCAAAAUUUGAAGUGUUGCGAUUAAGUUGAAUUGUACCAAAAAUGCCGUCGUUUAAGGAUGUGUCUUUGUUGCGUGCCAGCCUGCGGUUGAUGGGCGGAAAUGGUCUCAAUCUGGGGAGGCCUAUGGUUCCCGCCCUGCGAGGCUAUGCGACCAGCUGCAAGGAUCCCAAGGGCGUGGUGGUGGGCGUGUACAGCCAGGAUGGCGACAAGCCGCCCAAGACCACCGUGAAUGCCGUGGCCCUGGACGAUUCCCUGGGCGGCAAGCUGCUGACCCUCAUCCGGGAGCGUGGAAUGGACGGCACGCCCGGCAAGGGACUGCUCUUCAGCGGCUUCGAGGGCGAGUACCAGGCGGUGGCCGUCGUGGGCGUGGGCAAUCAGGGCGCCUCCUACAACGAGAACGAGGAGCUGGACGAGGGCAUGGAGAAUGUGCGCGUGGCGGCGGGCACCGGAGCCCGGGCCCUGCAGCUCCAGGGCAUGUACGAGGUGCACGUGGACGCCAUGGAAUAUCCAGAGCAGGCGGCCGAGGGUGCCGCCCUGGCCGUCUGGCGGUACAAUGCCAACAAGAGGAAGAAGAACCGCCUGCACACGCCCAAGCUGGACAUGUACGGCAAGGGCGAUCGCGAUGCCUGGGUGCGGGGCCUCUUCAAGGCCGAAUCCCAGAAUCUGGCCAGGCGCUUGUCCGACACGCCGGCCAACAUGAUGACGCCCUCCAUCUUCGCCCAGGCCGCCGUAGAUGCCCUGUGCCCGUGCGGCGUCUCCGUGGAGGUGCGCUCGAUGGACUGGAUCGAGGACAUGAACCUCAACUCCUUUCUGAUGAUCGCCAAGGGCUCGUGUGAGCCGCCGCUGCUGCUCGAGUGCAGCUACUGUGGCACCUCGCCCGAGGACCGUCCCGUUUUGCUGGUCGGCCAGGGUCUGACCUUCCACAGCGGCGGUCUGUGUUUGAAGCCCAAGAAGGGCAUGGACCAAUACCGCGGCGCCAUGGCCGGUGCCGCCGUCUGUGUGGGCGUGUUGCGUGCCGCAGCCGCCCUUUCGCUGCCCAUGAACAUCACGGCCGUGAUGCCGCUGUGCGAGCAUAUGCCCUCCGGCAUGGCCGUCAAGUGCGGCGAUGUGGUGACCCUGCUCAACGGCACCACCAUGGGCAUCAAGAACGUGGACAAGGCACCGGUGGUGCUGAUGGCCGAUCCCCUGCUCUACGCCCAGGCCACCUUCAAGCCCAAGCUGGUCAUCGACAUCGGCACCGUGGCCAUGGGCGUGAACUAUGCCGUUGGCGGCGGUGCCAGCGGCCUGUGGACCACCUCCAAGUCGGUGUGGCAGAACUUCCGCAAGUCUGGCGGCCUCACCGGCGACCGCGUCUGGCGAUUCCCGCUGUUCAAGUACUACAAGCAGAUCGUGAACAAGAACAUCACCUACGACCUGUGCAACACGGGCCGCGGACCGGCCAGCUCCUGCCUGGCCGCCGCCAUCCUGCACUCGCUGGUGCCCUGCGUGGACUGGGCCCAUCUGGACAUCCGCGGCACCGGCAUGACCACCAAGAUUAACCCCAGGCCCUAUCUGCUGAAGGACUCGAUGACCGGACGUCCGACGCGCACCGUUAUCCAGUUCAUGUACCAGAUGGCCUGCGCCGGCCAGUAGUUCUCUCCGCAUUGGGAUCCCUUGUUUGGAUCCCUUAUUUGGGGGCCUGCGUCGUAUGGCCCAUGUAUUCGAUAUUUGACUCUUUUGGUACGUUGUUUGCACAGACGAAGAAUCUCUGGCUUGGCCUGGAAAAGCAGUGAAAGUAAAUGUGCGCUCUUAUAUCGUUAACAAUAAAUUGUAUAAAUUA